AUGGCGUCUACUAACGUUAUGUCUCCUACACCUUCCACCACCACGCCAACCUGGCAUAAUUUUGAACGGAAGGUGGAGGAGGUAAAGCCAUCCAAAACUGAUAUUAAUUUCCUGGUUAUGGACUAUCUUGUCACAAAUGGCUAUCCAUUAGCUGCAAGGAAAUUUGCAGUUGAAGCCAACCUUCGUCCUCAGGCAGCUAUAGAAUCUAUACAGGAGCGAGUAGAUAUUCGCAAUGCCAUUCAUUCGGGGGAUAUACAGUCAGCCAUCGAGAAAAUCAAUGAACUCAAUCCUCGGAUUCUAGAUUGUAACGCGUCGCUCCACUUUGCUCUCCUUCAGUUACAGUUGAUCGAGUUGAUUCGCAUUUGUACUGCCACCCCUAAUGGUGAUAUAUCUCCUGCACUUGACUUCGCAACUUCACAAUUAGCGCCACGAGCUCCGACCAAUCCGCAGUUUCUUGAGGACCUCGAGAAAACUAUGUCCCUACUAAUUUUUUCAGCUGAAAAUCUUUCUCCGUCAUUGGCAGCCUUACUGGAUCCAGAGUUGCGAAAAACAAUUGCAAAUCGUGUAAAUGAAGCCAUUCUACAAAGCCAGGGUGCCAAGCGCGAAGCCAGACUUCGAAACUUGGUAAAGCUUCGCGCCUGGGCGGAAAAGAAGGUCCGUCAAUCAAAAAAGCAAAUUCCUGAAAAGCUUGACAUUGGCCUUGACGGAGAUACCGGUAAUAGCAAUACUGGCUCCAACGAUUUGCAGAAUAAUGGCGAAGAUGUUGUCAUGCAAGAACAAGCGGAAGUUGACCCUAUGGUUACGUAA